UCCUUCGCUGCAGGUCUUCGACCACAGCAACGACAACAACAACAACAAGGACAGCCAGCAGCAGACGCUGCUCUGAGCUGCUCUGCUCUGCUCGGCCACCCUUCGCUUUCGCUCGUUUCGCUCCGCUUGGCUCGGCUGCUGCUGCUGAUGAUGCUGCAGUUGCUGGUGGCGUUCGAAUGAAGGAUCGCGACGACGGCUGUUCUGCGGGCCUGGCAUCGACGUCCGCCGCGGCAUCAUCAUCGCACCCGCGCGGGGUGUAAUUUUGGAGGCGUUGCGGCUGCUGCUGCAGCAAGCAGCUGAGGUCCGAGCUGCGCGCGUUGGCGGAUAGAUAGAUUUGAGGAGAGGCGUUUGAUUUGGAAGGGGUGUGGUGCUCGCUGUGAAGUCGGACGACAGCUGCCGAGCUGCCGCCUCGUCGUUGGCUCGGCCUUGCGGUUUCAGGCGUAGGCAGACGCCGACAUAGAGGGGUGUUUUUUUGGGGGCCUUUUGAGCAUGUGGAUAAUAGAGUCGGAAGGUUGAAGGCGAAAGAGCCGGAAUGGAGGCGACGCGACGACGAACGAGGUAGAAAGAGCUGGAGACGUCGGACGAGAAGGGUUUUUUUGUCAUGCCCGGAUGUUCGCAAUGCGCGCAUCUCGUGACGAGCUGUUAGCGUUUAGAGCAACCCCGUGCAGAGGCGGAGGUCGAGACAGGAGAAGAGUGGGAGGGUUGUAGCGUUUGAUCUCUCGGGAGCUAAAUCUUGGAGUGAAUCGAAACGAGGUGGACCGAUUUGGGUGAAUGUUGUGAGGACAGUGCCGCGCGAACUGUGCAACUUCCUCAUCGUGAAUCCAACUAUUUGGGGAGAAAAUUGGGAUGUCGAUGCACGCCCGCUCGUGUUAGCCAGUAGAGUGGCUUUCUCUGGCAUCGAGGGAGGUUCUAAGGAGAGGAUGAAAGAGGAAUGGGACCAGAGUAAACGUGAGUGAUUGGCCCGCUCAGAAUGGCGGGCUCCGUCGGAAACAAUUCCACCACGAAUUCUAGUGCUGCAGCAACCUCUGCGUCGCCGGCCGUCAAUGGGAAUCAUAGCAGUAUGUAUAACAGCAAUGCACAGGGAGCGUCGACUCAGUCGACAACCACGACGAUAAACAGUGGCAACAAUGGUAUUAGUCGACCAAACGGCCCCGCCACUAAUGGAAGCGGGAAUGGGACCAACAGUGUCGCUUCGGACCAACCCCCUCCUCUUCAGCUCCAGUUGUUACAUGACCCAGGGAUCACAGCGGAUUGGAGCUCUGAGGAGCAGGCCACUCUCGAUGAUGGACUGACAAAGUUUGCCGGAGAAACAAGCAAUCUGGCUAAAUACAUCAAAAUAGCCAAUCUGUUACCGGAGAAGACAGUCCGAGAUGUCGCCAUGCGUUGCAGAUGGAUGACGAAAAAGGAGAUUGGCAAGAGGCGUAAACCUGAGGAUCAAAAUGCAAGCAAGAAGAAUAAAGACAAAAAGGACAAAUCCGACUCGAUGUCUACCAAGGCUCCCACUGGUCAUAUCAGACCCGGUUUGUCUAGCUACACCGCUCCUACACCGAACGUCGACAACGACGACGGCAUCUCCAACGACGCAAUUGGAGGCACAACUGGCCAGCUGUUGGAGCAAAAUUCUCACGUGAUAUUGCAAAUCAGGUCAAAUCUUGCUGCCAUGAAGCUGCAAGAGAACACCGAGCUUCUCGUAAGAUUCAGGGAUAACAUCUGUGCCAUCUUAAAUGGGAUGACAAACAUGCCGGGGAUUAUGAGUCAAAUGCCACCUCUCCCUGUGAAACUCAAUACCGAAUUGGCAGAUACGAUCCUUCCCAAAUCUUUACCACAAGCGUCUCCAACUUCACAAACGUAACAACAGAUGAUGAAGUUGUUGAAUGUUUCAGUCCUCUGAACCUUCCUGUAGAUUACAUCCAUAGAUAUUAUGGUAAACGGGGUGCUAUGCCUAGAAUGUUUCGCCAAAAGGGUUUGCAACUAUGACGUAGCUCUUUGCAUAUCCCUUGGUUUCCGUCGAAGGCCGGGAAUAGGAAGGUUUGUAGUUCCACCAUCCCUAGAGCAACUGUUCAUAGAUCCAUACACAGGCUAGUCAAUUUUAUCAACUCAUUGUUAACGAUGUCUAGAAGGCAUGUGCAGGGCCACUAGGCCUGGGUUGUCCUCUAUAGACACUGAAGGCUCCAGAAGUGCAAGCCCCAAGGCUAUGCCUCUCAGCCUCCAGCACCAGCCAAUUAAAUAGAAAUUAAAGUUUCUCUUUCUGUUUUCUGAAGGUAAGGGGUUUGGAUGGUCUAGAAAGAAUACAUUACCAAGCCAACAACCCCAAGUGUCACCACAUUUUAGCUUUAGUAGUUUAUUGCAAGUUCUGUGGAAGCUUGCGUCCUUGUGGGCGACGGUGCUAAGCUUACACCAGCUUAAGUCUCAAUCCGACUUCCAGUACCUCCGGUCAGUGUCGUCGGCACUAACGUCCCCUGUCCAAGCCAACAGGAUGGUACUGACCGAAUUUGGACGGCGAGUAGAAGUCACCAGUUUCGUGUGCAGCUACUUAAUGUGUGGCUGAACGCUGUUACAUAGUGGAAGGUUUUUUUACCUGAGGUUUGUGCUUCUGCUGCCUUGCGCACGCACACCUUGGUAUCCAUGCUGUAGGUACAAUUUUGAUAUGUGGAUUCUGUCAUGCUGUUGCCAGGAAAAGUAUUUCCGCAGGCGUAGUCAGCACUUGUAUAAACGAAAAGGAAUUCUCCUUGUUGAAAAAACUUAAUGAGCAAGAGCGAAUGUUUACACGC